AUGAAUGAAAUAAAAAUAAAAAGUUCAAUAAAAUUGCAAAAUAAUGAAUUGCAUGAUAUUGUAGCAGUUGUAAAUUUAAAUGAUGAUGAAAUUGUAAAAAAAAUGGCAUCAAAAAAAAAAGAAUUAAAUGAUAAUCUUGAUUUUACAAACAAUUUAUGUUCGAUUUUAAAAACAGACAAUGAAUUAUUGGAUGAACUUUCAAAAAAUAAAAACUUUCGUUUAAAAAUAAAAGGCAAAGUAAAAAAAAGAAUUAAUAAUAAUUUUUUAAAAGAAUAUUAUGAAAAGGAUGAUAUAUUAAAUAAUAAGCCAUUUGAACAAGAUAUAAAUAUUAACCCUGAAUUUAAAAAAUGUAUUUCAAGAAAUUUAAAAAAUUUUAAAGGUGUCAAAUUUUAUGGAAAAAUAAAAAAAGUCAACGAUCGAACAAAACAUUUUUUAAAACAUUCUCAAAAUUAUAUAAUACAAGAAAGUCCUUAUUUAAGAAAACAGACAAAUUAUAAAUUAACUGAGGAAUGUAACAAAAUAUUUUUAAGGAAAAUAAAUAAUAUAUGCUCAAAAGUAGGAAACCAAAUUAAUAAUUUAUCAUCUUUUAUUCGCAUAAAAAAAAAAACUAUUCAAAAAAAAAAAAAUAUUAAAAAAUGUAAAAAAAAUAAAUUAAUAACUAAUCUCAGAAAAAUUAAAAAAGACAAAAUAAUGAGGAAAAAAUGGAAUAAUAAAAAAAAAGUAUAUGAAAGAAAAGAAAGUAGUGUUUAUAGUUUAAAGGAAGGAAAAUCAAUAAAAAAUAAAAAACAAACAGAAAAAUUAAGCAAAAUAAAUCAAUCCCCAUUAAGCAUACGUUUAAAUUAUGAAAAAAAUAAGUUAUAUUUUAAUUGUUUAUUUAAAAAUAUUAAAAAUAAGGAUAAAAAAGAAGUUUUAAAUGAUAUAAGCAUGUUAGAUAAGAAAAUAAUAGGAAGUAAAUCAGUUUGUGAAAUAGAAGAAUUUGUUAAAAAUAAUAAAUAUGUUAUGAAAAAAAAUAUUAAAAAUAUAUAUAAUAAGAAAAAAGACUCGAAUGUGUAUAGUUGUAAUAACAGUAUUUAUUCUCGAAAAAAUAAUAAUUAUCAAAAUAAAAGAAAUUCAUGUCAUAAAUAUGAAGAAACGUUUAUGAGUUUAAGUGAAAAUAGUGAAAAUAGUGAAAAUAAUAUUAUGUUUGAAAAUGAAAGUAUAGAUAAGGAUAUAAAUUUUGUAUAUCCAUUACAAAAUAUUGAAGAAAAUGAAAAAAAAUACAUAAAAUAUAUUAAUGUUAUACGUACAUAUGGAAAUAGAAAAAGAAGUUCAUUAUUGAAUAAUACAAAUAAAUUUGAAAUAAAAAGAAAUUCCAAAAAACUUUCAAACAAAACAAGUUUAUAUUUAGAUAAUAAUGAUUUUGAAAAACAAAAAAAAUUAAUGAAAAAAAUGGUAAAAGAUGAAAAUCAAAACAUGUCUAUAUUUUUAAAAUUUUAUCCUUUAAUAAAUAAAGAACAAAUAAAUACAAAUAAUAUUUUAUGUUAUAAUACAAACCAAGAUAUAGAUAUUAAUAAUAUAGAGUUUUUAAAAUAUAAUAUAAAACGUGAAAGUUUAAUAUCUAUUCAUAGUGAAUUUUCUCGAAAUAAAAGUAUAAAUGAAAUUGAUGAUGAUUCUAAAUAUUAUUCUAAUUAUAAUUUUGAAAAAAAAAAAAAAUUAUCUUUUAUGAAUAAAUCAUAUACUAAUACCAUCUUUAAAAAUAAUCCAAAUAAAAUAGAAAAUUAUAAAAUUGAAAAAAAAACAAAAAGUUUAUCAGUUGUAAAUAUAUUAGAUAAAAAUAAACCAGAAAAUAAAAUAUUUAUAGAAAAAAAUAAAAUAAAACAUAAUUCUUUAAAUUCUGAUAAAAAGUUAUUAACUUUAAAUAUGUCUAAUAUAAUAGACAAAACAAAAGAAAUCGAUUUUAUUAAUUCAAAAUUUUCAAAUAACUUUUUAGGGAGUAGAAACCGAAGUGGUCCAACAAUAUCUAAGAGGAAUGUUAGCAUAAAAAAUAAAUAUAAUGACAUUAAAUUUGGCAAAAAUAAAAUGAAUGAAAACGAACAGAUGUUAAUUGGUGAUAAUAUUACCGAAAUCAAAAGUAUAAAUGGAAACAUGGAUAAUAACAACCCCUCUUUUAAAAACUUAAACAUAAAUAAUAAGCCUAAUUUGAAUAACAAAAAUGGUGAGGUAAAAAAUGACGAAAUAAAAAAUGACGAAAUAAAAAAUGACGAAAUAAAAAAUGACGAAAUAAAAAAUGACGAAAUAAAAAAUGACGAAAUAAAAAAUGACGAAAUAAAAAAUGACGAAAUAAAAGAAAGUGCUGAGAAAAAGGAACACAACUAUAACAAACAAAAUAAUAAUAUAGAAUUUUCUGAAAAUAAUAAAAUGAUAAUAAAAGUUGUGCCUAAAGUUUGCAAAUCAGCUUCUAAAGGUGUUGUAGUUAAAAAUUUGGUGAAAAAAUACGAAUCUAAAAAUGUUGUAAAACAAAAUGUCAAUGAAUCGAAAAAAAAAGAAAAAGAUGUAAAUGAUAACGAUGCUACAAUUGAUGAAAAAGAGAAAUCUGAACAUAAUGAAAAUGAUAAAAAUAACGACAAAUUUGAAAACUGCUUUAAAAAAAUAAAUUCAAAAUCAAAGAAAAGCAAGCAAGUCGAUAUUCAACAAACAAUAGAAAUUAGCUUGAAAGAUAAUGACAAUGAAAAAAGUGACGAAAAUAUAGUAGCAAAAAAUAAUAUAAAUAAAAUGUUAGUGAAAAAAAUGAUGCCGAAAAUACCAAGUAUUAAUAAAUCUAUGGUAAAAAAAAAUGUGAUUUUAAAAACGGGAAAAAAAGAAACAUAUGAUACUGAAAAAGUCGAUAAAGAUUCUAAAAAAAUUGAAGAAAAUGAUCCAGAAUCUAAUUCCAAUAAAAAUGUUAAAAAUGUUGAAUGUGAAGAAAAGACGAAAUCAGAAAUAAAUGAAAUGGUGUUGAACAAAACAAAAUUAGAAACAGAGAAAUGUGAUGAUAAACAAAAAGUAAAAAUUCAUAAAGAAAUAUGCUUAAAGAAAAAUGCAAAAAAUAUACCAUCUUUGAAGGAUUUAAAAAAAGAAAAAGAUAAAAACAUCUUAAUUAAGACAGAUAAUAAUAUUAAUAAUAUAAAUGAAAGGAAAUUUAUAGAAAAGGCUGUAAAAAAAAACAUUGAAAAAAUGUUAGAAAAAGAGGAAAUCGAGAAAGAUGAAGAAUCUGGAAAAACAUUGGAUCCAACUGAUUUAUCUUUAUUUAACAGAUCUGAGACAAUUUCUAAAAUAAUGAAUCUAAAAUUAUUUUCUUCAGUUCAAGAAAACAAUAAAUCUGAGAUAGUAAAAAAUAGUCAAAAUAAUUGUAAUCCUUUAAAUCAAGAAAAUCGAAAUGACGCUAUUAAAAGAUCAUUUACGUUCAAGUCCAUUGAAAAAAUGUCGAUUGCAAAUUCUGAGAAAGAAAAAGAAACUAGAGAGCCACAUAUAGAUAAAGGUGCUAAUACAUCUUCGAAUGAUCAGGAGCAAAAUACUUCUAAGGUACCAUCAAAAAUUGUGAUUUCAAAAAAGUUGACAUCUAAAUUUUCAUUAAAAUCCAACAAAAAUUGCAUAUUUAAAGGGAAUGUAGAGGCAGUAGAAAAAGUUGAAAAAAAUGUUGAGGAAAUAGAACAGGUUGAAAAAAAGGUUGAGGCAGUAGAAAAAAUUGAGGAAAAAAACGAAACCAACUAUGCUGAACAUAAAAAGAAAGAUAAUUGUGUAACUAAAAAAUCGAAUAUACUGAAGGAUCAUUUAAAAGCUAAAAUGGCGUGCCUUUCUAAAAGGAAUGUUGAAAAGGCCCUUAUAAAAAAAAACAAUUUCAUUAAAAAACUGAAUACCAUAAAAAACAUAUUACCAUUAAAAGAAUUACCGAUUAAAAAUGGAAAUAAUGUUGAUACAAAAAAUAUGAACGAAAAUAUAAAAACUGAUGAAAAUAAAAAUGGUGAUAUACAAUUAGAUCCAGACUCUAUUGAAACUGACAAUACAUCUGUCUUAACAUCAUCUGGAAACUUAGACACCGCAGUUUGUCUUAUUAACAAUUCGACAAAACCCGUUAAUUCAGUAAACACACACGAAGAGCAAAUAAAAAAUGAAUCAAACAAUGAAGAUAAAAAAAUAAACGAAAAUAUAAACCACGUACCAUCAAAACCAAUUAUCAAAAUAGUUCCCAAAUUUCCUAAAAAUGUAGUAAGUAUCCCUAUUAAAAUAAACUUAACUAAAGAUGUUGAUUCUUUAAAAAAAAUAGCAAAGACAAAACCACCAAUGUUGAGCAAAUAUAAACCCAAAGCUGCUUAA